AUGGUCCCAAAGGCCGCCACUGGUGACUGGCUCCCUGCGGUGAUUAUAAGGCCCUGAAAAACAUUACUGUCCCGAACCGCUGCCUUUUCCCGCAUCUUCAGGAUUUUGCCGGUGUCCUAUUCGGCAAAUCAGUGAUUUCGAAGGUUGGCCUGGUCCGUGCUUUCCACCAAAUUCCCAUCGCCCCAGAGGACUUUUUGAAGACGACUGUCACCAACCCCUUUGACUUCUUGGAGUUUGUACGCAUGCCGUUCGGAGUCCAUAAUGCCUCACAGAACUUUCAGAGGUUCGUAAGCAGAGUGCUUCUCGGCCUCCCAGUUGACUACGCCUAUAUCGACGGCCGUCUGUUAGCAAGCUCCACCGCCGAAGAACACAUGGAGCCAUUUGUAACGGUCUUUGGACGACUUCGACAAUUUGGCGUUUUUGUCAACCCGUCAAGGUGCGUCUACAGUGUUCCCUCCCUGGAAUUUCUCGGUCAUCCGGUCGGCCCCCACGGCAUCUAUUUCCUUCUCUCGAAGGUUGCGGCCAUCCGUGAUUGCCCUCCUUCCUCUUCCUCUUCUGCAGCCAUUUCUGGCUAUAGUAAAUUUCUACCACCGGUUCCUUCCGCUCUGCGCCGACACCCACCUGCCGCUCACGAGCGUCCUCUGGGGCUCAAAAGGAUCGUUCGGGCUGCCUGCAGAAGCCCUCGCUGCCCCGGCCGAUGCCACCCUCCUGACGCAUUUCUCUCUCGAUGCACCCAUUUCCCUCAUGGUUGACGCCUCCAAUGUUGUGGUAGGCACGGUUCUCUAAUUGCACCUUGCAGGUCACGCCCAACUGUUAGCUUUAUUCUCCAGGAAGUUUUCACCUGCCGAGGCGCGCUAUAGCACAUUUGGACGGGAGCUCCUUCCUCUCUUUCUCGCCAUAAAACAUUUCCGGAACUUCCCUGAGAGCAGGGACUUCACUGUGUUUACGGAUCACAAGCCAAUUCCGUUCGCUCUCAAGUCCACCUCUGACAAGCUUAACCCCGGAGAAAUUCGUCAAGUGGACUGCAUCUUGCAGUUUACUUCGGGCAUAAGACACAUCGCCGGGUGGUGACUGACGCACUGUCCAGGCCCUCCAUAGCACAUAUUUAACUUUCUCCAGAAGUCAUGAUAAUGAGACCGUCACAUUUAUAGCCAUUUUCAUACGUCAAAUUUUAUCUCCGACUCGGAUCAUUGUUGUCGAUAAUCCUACUUUAUGCCUGUAACAUCAUGUGUUUCAUUAUUUUGUAGACGAGAAGGAUCCAGAAGUCGUAUUCGGGCAUCUCCGAAUUGUCGACGCCAACCGCUCUGUAUAUCGAAAUAACCAAGAGAAGUUAGCUAAUUCCUGCGUAAGGCGCAGUAGAAGAAAGUUCGAUUGUAGCAUACUUUCUGAACUGCAUGACUGUUAAUUCCAUUUCAUCGAAUGAUCUCGAUGUUAAGUCCACUCUCAGAAAAUGACAUUUGCGAAGUUACCAUCGACUUACCUUUGUGUGGUUACAUCUAAAACAACCAACUACCUCCUAGAAUCUUUUUAAAUGCAAACUUUAUUGAGAGAACCAUAUUACUCAGUAUCUGACGCAGCUGCCCAACAUUCGAAACGGAGAAUUUGUGUAACAAUGACUACAAGUCGCUGCAGUGCUGAUUUCGGCGAGUGGAGCGGAAUUUUCUUAUACAGUGCGUGACCUAUCUCAUGAAAUGUUGGCUGAAAUUCUGAAAUGCGUUUUCGAUUAGGAAGGAUUACUUAGUUGUGGUUGUGAAACUGAUUAUCGGAAGGCAUACUCUCAUAACAUUUUGGACUCGGAAGGAUGUCGGCUUUAAAAUGCACUUCUUUUCAAUCUCCUGUAGAAAGCGUGCUCGGUAAAAAAUGACUACUUAAGCAGCUGCAUGCGUUCCGCGUAAACAAAAUUCCAUAUUUUUCUAUGUCAUUAAAGAGAUAUCAUACAAGGUUCAUAAAAUUUUGCAAUGGAUGCGGACCAUGUUGUACAUUUCAUGAGGAGCGGUGGGAAACGGUCAGGUACGAUGCUAUGUGAAUGGACAUUUCGCGGUCUUAAAAAGUCUCAUAAUUGGAAACUUUUUUAAAACCAAAUUAUACUCCUUCCUUAAGUAUAAAAUCUAAAGAAGACGUGAUUCUCUAUUGAUUGACUAAAAGAAAGCAUAAUUUUGUUUAUGGUUUCUAUAAAAUAUGUUUUAAUUUCCAAGACCAUCGAAAAUCAAUGGGGGAAAUGCAUGCUAAUUAAGUAGCCAUUUUUUACCGAGCACGCUUUUUACAGGAGAUUGAAAAGGAGUGCAUUUUAAAGCCGACAUCCCGCCGAGUCUAAAAUGUAAUAAAAGUAUGCCUUAAGAUAAGCAGUAUUGCAACCGCGACCAAGUAAUCCUUCCUAAUCGAAAACGCAUUUCAGAAUUUCAGCCAACAUUUCAUGAGAUAGGUAACGCACUGUAUUGUUAAUAGAACCUAUUUUACACAGAAAACUCGUUAAGGUACUAACAUGUCGGACGGAGUCAGCAGUUGCAUGGUCUUUAUCAAUCGUCCGUCUGUCUUGUACCCUCAGAACUGAGAUAAAUAAGCCUGUAAAAGGAGUAGUCGCGUGAAACUCACUCAAUCCCUUUCCAUAAAGCCCACAGUAGUUCCAUAGACAUGGUUUGAGCAUUUCUAAACUGUGAUUGAACACCAAGAGCAUUUUUUUGUAAACGCUAAGCUAUGCAAUUAAUUUCACGUCAUAUCGCAAUGAGCGAAAGAAGCCAACAACUUCGGAAGACGGGGUAGCUUCAUGUGGACUCACUUUUAAAUCUUUCAUCAUUCAGAAGAAUGUCUGAGGGUGUUCGAUGCCUGUGAAAUCGCUUGGGUAACAGUUUGGUUAAGUGGUGAGUGGAGUUCCACAGGGCUCAGUCUAAGGCCCCAUGUUAAUCCUCGUUUUCACAAAUGACUGCGUCAAGAACCUAGACUGAAGGAGCUACUGAAAGGAUCUAGCUCCCGAAAUGUCCAAGCCGUUAGCCUUGAUCUUCCAGAAGUCAUUUGUUACUGGAUGCUUGUCCUCUAACUGGAAGUCCGCUACCAUCACUCCACUUUUUGUGGGUGGGAGUCGUGCGUUUGCAAAUUACUACAAGCCGGUGAGUCUCACUUCCAUUUGUUACAAAAUCAUGGAGAACAUCAUUGAGAAGGCCUCGAUGCCGUUCCUCGAGCGGCACCACCUCCUCUCCGAUGCCCAAAAUGUCUUUCGAAGUGGUAGGUCCUGCCUCACUAAUCUGCUCUUUACGCUCGAACGCUGGACCAAAGCACGCGAUGAAGGCAAUGUGGUGCAGGCCAUCUACAUCGACUUCAAAAAGGCUUUCGACAACGCUCCUCACCAAUGUCUUUUGUACAAACUGCGCAACGCUGGAAUUCGUGGACCCCUUCUUGUAUGGACCUAG